UUGAUGGCGGGUAUGAUGAGGAUGAUGGUGGAAGAGCGUAUCGUGGUGGGCAUAGAGGUGGUGGUCGUGGUGGAAGACAUCGCAUGGGUCAUGAUCCGGAACUCGCGUCGGUCAUUGGGGUCGAGGGCGAGCUCGAGUCUGGUCCGGUCACGCCGAGAAUCGUCACCUUUGCGGUGGAGACGCAAGAGGUUGACGCGGAUGGUGAGGUUGAUGUGGUGGCUCUAGCGCCGGGUGGGAGUGGAGAAAGAACGGCAGCUGGUGUGGGGCUUCCUCCGGGUACUGCGCAUCGGCAUCGCGGCGCGCGCGGUCUUGGCGCGGUCCAUCACCGGCGGCAGUCGCCGGCUCAGCGGCGGUUGGCAUCACGUCGGGCAUCGCCCGGAAUGAGUCGGUCCGCCUCGCGCGAUCGCGAGUUCGGGCCGCCUGGCGGCGGCGUCGGCAGCGUCAGUGGCGGGCCGGUGGUGGCGAGUGCAGGGGCGGGAGGCAGCGGCGGGAGCGGCGAGAGCCUUCCGGGGCAGGUGCGGCCUGCACCGAUUGCGCCGUCGCAGGCCAACGUGUUCAAGGCAGCAGCGAUCAAGUUUCUGGUGGGGAUCAAGCUAGGGACGCGGAGCCACGGAACGCGGUACUGGGGCGACGUGGAGACGUUAGCGCAGGGCCGGAGCGGCGAGGGCGAGGGGCGAGCCGGCGCUGAGCCGGGCAUCCGCUCGCUGAUGGCUGAUGAUGGCCUAGUGGAGGUUCGCAAGUCGCAGGCGGUUCACUCGCACAACGUGGUCUCGAUCCGAUCGCUGCAACGGUCGCGGCAGGUGUCGCUGCUCGGCUCGAUGAUGUCCAACUGCCGCAUCUUCUUCUCGGUCCCGUUCUCGGAGGAGACGAGCGGUGCAACGGAUGGUGGCGACAACCUUAUAUGGUGCAUGUACAUCGGCCCGAUCCUGCACUCGCCGCCGUUUGCGCUGUUCUCGGUGAUCAAGUCGGAUUCAAAGCUCCGGGUGAGGACGGCUGGCAUGGGCGGGAGCGGGAGUGGGCCGGGCGGGCUGGCCGGCGGCGGCGAGCUCGACGAGGUCGACCACUCGUGGCUCUUUCUCCGCAAAAAGCGAGCGGCGUCGCACCGUGACUUGCUCCGCCCGGUCUGGGUGGGUAAGACGUUUGAGCGGCUUUGCGGCGAUGAUGACGGCGGUGGCUGGAGUGCGGCCAGCGGAGUCAGUGGUAGCGGCGGCGGGAACGAGCGCGAGAUGCACGAGCGGCGGAUCAGUGACGACGGCGGGAGCGGGCACGAGAGCGAGGGCGGCGACGACGCUGGCGAGGAAGCUGACGGUGGCGGGGUAGCCAAGUCGGGCUACGAUCCGUACUUUCUGGACAAUCCGUCGCUGCGAUCUGGCACGGAGCGAGUGCUGUAUCAGCUUCCGGGGCUUAUGAUCUCUGUCGUUCCUUAUGUGGCACCGAAAGAACUCAAGCGGCAGCUCAACGAGCAGUUCCGGCAGCGGCACGAGGAGCUGCACCCGUCGCUGACGCUGGGCCGGAUACGCGGGCUGAAGCGGACGAUGCUGGGGGUGGCGUCGGAGGUCGGGCUCGAUCUCUCGACGGUUGCACUGGCGUACGUGUACUUUGAGAAGCUCAUCAUUGCCGGCAAGGCCGUGGGCGCGACGCUCAAGCUGCUGGGCGCAGCGUGUCUGCUGCUGGCGGAAAAGUUCAACGGGCGUAAGGCGGGCGAGUACAACGCCCUGCUGGACGCGCUCUCACGGGCUUUUUCGGUCUCGAUGCGGUACGUGAUGCGGACCGAGUUCCGCGUCAUGAUCCAGCUCGAGUUUGCGCUGCAUGUGCAGGUCCAGGAGGCGCUGCCGCACCUGACGCGGCUGUGCUCGGACCUCAAGAAGGAUAUCAGCGAGUUUGGUCCGUUCUCACCGUUUCAGCUCGCGUAUCUCAGGGCGUUUUACUCCACCAGCUAG